UCUUCAUUCACCUGUUUUCCACGAUUUAAUCCUCUCAAACAUCACAAGAUGACGCGCAUAGUCAACAACACCAAACCAGAGUGUGAGGAAGCCUUCCUCGAGGCCUAUGAGGAAUGGGAGACAAAGUGGGCCGAUGUUCCUGAGUCAGAAAAUGAAGCAGCCCAGGCCAAGGCAUGGGUCAAAUCCUUCGAGGAAGAGUACUCAAUAGGGCGGGUUUGUCUCCUGCGGAGGAAACGUUUGAUGCUCGGCCAACACGCCCGACCAACCAACUGGCUGGGUGAAACCCUGGAUAUGUCCAAAACGUGCUCCGACCUCACUUUAUUGUCUUGGAUCCGAUCCUUGACGAAGAAAGCGGGACAGCUGUGGGCUCUGUCUUGGAACAACGACGGCCAGGUCCAAGGACAGCCCGACUCCGAGGGACAGACUAACCAGCUAGCAAAGCCCCCCAUCCACCCGCCAGGAUACACCGAGGCGUGCAGUUCAUCGACGAGCCACCUUGUGGAAGAGGAAAUCCACCAACUGACCAAUCGAUACUGGGACUGUGCCUACAAAGCUUCCAAGAUAUAUGACGACAGACCUCCACUGACCCGCAUGGUGGAUCGGAUCCUGCUCCUCGUUGAACACCAUGAUCGACAUGGACGUUCCUAUGCGUGGAUUUUUCAACGUGCGACCUGUGCGGACACUGGGGGCUGCUGUGGCCGAUCCUGUGGAUGCUGUGAACAGCCAUUGAUCACCUACCUGCGACCCGUGAGCGACACCGAUCUCGAGAAACAAGAGGAUGGCUUCGACGGCAGGUGCGAGCCCACCCGACGACCAGCAAGGGCCCCAGCGUUUGGAAGCCGGGAAUACCCCGGACCUCAGCCGCUCGGGGCUGACAAGCGAACCCUUCCAACAGUCAUCGGCUUCCCGGGGGCGUGGAGGACCCUCACCUGGCUCCCCUGGCAAGGGGAAGUCUUCUAA